AUGGAGAAAACGGAGGUUCGUGCCGUCAUAAAGUUCUAUGUUUUAAAAGGGAAAUCGGCGACCCAGAUUCAAACUAAGUUGAAUAGUGUGGUAGGGGGUUCUUCACCUUCAUUUAGCACUAUCCACUCUUGGGUGGCAGAAUUCAAACGAGGACGAACGAGCUGCAAUGACGCUCCCCGUAGCGGAAGACCAAAUGAGGUAACUACCCCAGAAAUGGUCAGUAAAAUAAAAAAUAUUGUAUUAGAAGACCGUCGAUUAAAACUCAGGGAGAUAGCCCAAAUUGUGAACAUCUCAUCUGAACGCGUUUUGAACAUAUUACAUGAGCAUUUAUCUAUGAAAAAGGUUUGUGCCAGAUGUGUGCCGCGGCUUUUGAACGACGAGCAAAAGAAACAAAGAGUGAAUGUUUCAAAGGAGUGUUUGGAACUUUUUAGACGGAAUCCCAAUGAAUUUCUUCGUCGAUUUAUAACAGUUGAUGAGACCUGGAUCCACCACUACACGCCGGAGACCAAAGAGCAGUCUAAACAGUGA